CACCCCAUUCCGCUGAACAGAGACGCCCUGAACAGGAUCGCGCCUGCUGGCUUGUCUCUGUCCCGGGAUCUUCUGAGACCCAAGCGCUCGAGAGCCGCGGUCACGACGGAGCUCCUGAGACAGACACGGAGCGUUGGGAACCGAGGACACUCCAAGUGCUGACCCCGGGAGGCCAGCCCAGGGGUGAAAGUCGCGGAGCAGGGUUGGGGGGGGGGGGACUCAGGAUCCUCAUUCAGCGGUUCCGGGAGGCCCAGGAAGCCCACGGCCUGGCUUGGGCACCGUCACCCCCGCCAGGCCACCAUGGUCCCCGGCUGGCUGCUGCUUCUGGUGAUGGCUCUGCCCCCGGGUGCCACGGGCGCCAAGGACUGUGUGUUCUGUGAGCUGACCGACUCCACGCAGUGCCCCGGGACCCACAUGCGCUGUGGCGAAGACGAGGACUGUUUCACGGGCCAGGGGGUGGCCCCGGGGCUCGGCCUCAUCAUCAACAAAGGCUGUGUGCAGUCCACUUCCUGCGGCCACGAGGAGCCCGUCCCCUACAUGGGCGUCACCUACACCCUCACCACCACCUGCUGCUCCGGCCACAUGUGUAACAGGGCCCCCGGUCCCGAAAGUGGCCAGCUGGAAGGGGUCACCGCCGCCGGCCUGGCGCUGGGCCUGCUGCUGUUCCCACAUUUGCUGUGACCGACCUGAAGGGCAGGGCCUGGGACUGGUCUCCCGGCCUCGCUGCUCCCCGAGCCUCCUGCCUCCACCCCUCCCCCUCAUUAAAUGGCCAGAGGCCCUGGACAACC